GUAAAUUUUAAGCCACCACUUUGCGAAAUAGAGCAGCAGCUACGUAACCUAAAUUUUAUUUUGUAUUUUUGAGAAGAUAAUAAUCAAACAUAAAUAUAAUAUUAGUAAUUAUUGAAUUUAUGAAUAUGGAAGCUUUUGAAAUAGGAUCUUGUUUCAGAAGUUACAAUGAAUUAAUGGAAAAAUUAAACGAAUAUUGUGAAGCUACCAACACAAAAUUUACCACAAAAGACUCGAGAUUAAUAACAAACGAAUUUGCAACAGCUAAAGAAAGUUUUGUUUAUUCAGAACUAAAACUUAUAUGUGUUUAUGGUCGUACAACAAAAUUGAAAGAGCAAAAUCGGAAAAGAAAAAUGAGAACAAUCAGAAUUCCUAAAACUGAAUGUCCAGCAUACUUCAGAAUAAAGUUAUUAAACUCCGGUGUAGCACUACAAAUUGUGGCUAUGAAUACUAAACAUAAUCAUGUUUGUGAGAAAAUUGAGGAACCAGAAAUUAUAAAAAAGAAAAAGAAGUUGAAAAGAGAAAUUAAAAGUGAAGAAGAUGACGAUGAUGAUGAGGGUAUAAACACUGAAGCUAUGGAGGCAUCUGAAUUUAUAGAAGUUUAUAUAGAUCCAGAUGAUAAUUCUCAACCUGAAAGGAAAGUCAAAUUGUCUUUCAAAGGAUUAUGUGUACCUGUUUUUAACAUGUUUCGGGAUGAUUUAUCACUCAAAGUAGGAUCUAUUGCUGAAUAUGCGGAAUAUCUGUCUGGUUGUGGAAUAAAAGGUGUAAUAGUAAAUGGUUGUGCAGGUGAGGGAAUGUCAAUGACAGUUACUGAAAGAAAAUUAGUAGCUGAAGAAUGGAUAAGUGCUACUAGAUCUCGAAAUAUGCACGUUAUGGUUCAAAUAAGUGCUUGUCCUUUACCCGAUGUCCAGGAAUUGACUAAACAUGCUGAAAUGAUAGGAGCUGACUCGAUUCUUUGUAUACCCGAAUUAUACUAUAGACCCUCUUGCAACGAUGAACUUGCGGAUUAUUUGAAAAUUAUCAGUGAUAUCGCCCCUAAAACUCCGCUAAUUUACAGUCAUAAUCCGGAAAUGACAGCAGUUGAUUUAAAUAUGAUAGACUUCGUAACUAAUUAUGCCGAAAGUAUUCCGACUUUCUGUGGUAUCGAGUUCGUAUCAAAUGAUGUAAAUGAUGCUGUAGCAGUAUUAAAAGCAAGCAAUGGAAAGUACAAAAUUUUUUUUGGGACUGAUUCGGACUUAUCAGUAGCUAUAUCCAACGGUUUUGAUGCUGCAAUAACACCAACGGGUAAUUUGUACCCGAAUUUGGUUACAAGUAUUAUGAAGUCUUCGAAACAUUCAAAAUCAAGUGAAGCAAGAAGAUUACAAAAAGAAUUGAUUUUUAAUUUAACAUCCAUUCUAGAAUAUGGUUUUUGGGUAUCAUCAAUGAAAGUGGCCAUGAAUUUUUUGGCUCCUUUUAAUGUAGGUAUAUGCAGACCACCAUUACGAAACCUUUCUGAAGAAGAUGUAAAUUCGAUUAAAGAAAAAUUGAUCACAGCGAUUAGCUAGCUUAAAGUUAUACUUUUAGAUACAUAAUCAGUUUCGUUAGUCACUCAAAUAUUUUUGAAACAUUUCAUCCAGUAAACAAAACAGUGUUGGUUGAUAUGACAAUAUACAUUCACAGCUCAUUGAUAAAAGAGAAAUGUAGUCAUACACUAUAUUAACUAACAAUCACAAUUAAACUGUCUGACGUAUGUUGUAAUAACUAAGAUAUUGUCUUCAGGAACAGAAGUUUACCUUUGAUUUUUAAAGAUGAUAAUUUCAAACGCACGACAGAUAUGUAAUUGUGAAUGUUGCAGACAUUCCAACUGAUAUGUAGUCAGGUAAAAUCAAACAUUUUUGUGAAAUACAUCAAUUGAUUGAUGAAUUGAUUCAGUAUGAAACUGGAAUUGGUGGCGUUUGGAUUGGCGAAUCAAACCAUUUUGUUCAUACCAAUUCCGUCUUUCGGCAAAUUGUGUCUUUCUUUUGAUACUCAAAAUUGUCGAAAAUUUUUGUAACUAAAUAACAUCUAUAGUAUUUUUUUUGUAAUGGCUUUUUAUCAAAACUUUGAUCGAACAUAUAACCUACAGCGAUUAUAGUAUUAUUUAUAUAGACAAGGUGUCAGUAUAUAACCACAAUAACAGUUUAAGGUUAAAAGGCUGCUCCAGAAAAACAAAUCUUUAGGUUUAUUUUCCACAUUUAACUUUUAGCAACGAAGCAAAUUCAACAUUUUAAGGUUUUAACGGUUUAAGAAUUUUAUGCAGACUGAACUUCUUGGGACAUGGAUGCUAUCAAAUGGAUACAGGAACGUUUCACUUCCCCAUGAGUCAACCGUGUGUUAGUCGUUGUAUAUCGAAGGUCUAUAAUGCUAUGAAUAACGUCUUAUUAAAUAGGUGGGUAAGAUUUCCAACAGCACCAGGGACUAUUAAUAGAAAUAUUCAAAUGAUUUAACAGUAUGGAUUUCCAGAAGUGAUUAUGAGUAUUGACUGCACACAUAUAAUUAAUAUUUUCAACACCAAACCAUCAUCUAUUAUAUCCCGUAGGUCCAUAUUACAACAGAAAUAUUCAGAUAAUUGUAAAUGCUCACUUAAAAAUAAUCAAUAUUAAACUCUAGAUAUCCUGGAUCGGUACACGAUUCACCAAUGUGGCAAAUAUCAAGCAUAAAUUUACAUUUAGAACAAGUAUAUUUGCAAUAUAGUAUAAUUGGAGAUGAAGGGUAUCCCUCGUCACCUUGGUUAUGAACACAAUAUCCAGGGCAACUUCCUCAUGAGGAAAGGUUUAAUACACAUUUAAGACGAGUCGGAGUUACCAUAGAACAAGUAAAUGGAAUUCUAAAAGGUAGAUUUAGAUGUUUAUUAAAACAUUGGACACUGAAUUAUACUCCCAUAAAAGCUGGCAAAUUGGUUAACUCUUGUACUCUUUACACAAUAUGGCAUUGCAUUUCCAUGAUGUUCUUCCUGAUGAAGUGAUUCAAGGACUCACCCUUGUGAUAACUAUAUCAUAAGACAAAAGGUUCCAAUAUUGUGUAUGUUGUUAGUUAAUGAAAAAGUCGGGUUUACUAACAGUUAUAUAAAUGAUAAAAAUAUUUUGUAUUUAACGCGUUUGUCAAUUUAAAUGUAUAUUACCGAAGUUACUUCUGAAUAGCGUCAUUAACUUAUCAAUGUAAAAUAUGUUAUGAGAUAAUUUUAAUGAUAUAGGUUUUGACUUGUAAAAUCAGUAGCUUAGAAGACACUGAGGUUACUAACUGAGGGUUUUUGAGGUAAAACAGUUUAAUAUGGGGAAAGAGUGUCACUCUGGGGCAAAAACGAUGUGUGAGUAGGUGAAACAGUAGCAGAUGUUGUGCUGCUAGUUGUAGAAAUUUUCGAAUUGCAAAAAACAACCUAAACUAAGAUAAAUGAAACUUUAAUGUCAAUAAUAAGAUUAGAUUCCUCUGAAGUACUACAACUUGUAUAAAGGAUUUAUGACAGAAACAUAACUAUGUUUGCCUCAUCCUUCCCCCAGCUACUUUUUCACCCUCAGUAGUUAAACUUAUCCCUUCGAGUGUUACCAAUUUCUCUAGUUACAUCAUGAUCGAUCGAUGGUACUACAGUACAGCUGUUUAGGUUGUAUUUUGCAAUGAAUCAUUUUUUAUUUUUGAAUCUUAUUUACUUUUUUGUGAGAUGCAAUCUAAAAAUAGUUUAUUAAAUUUUUAAAAAGACUGAAUUUAUGCAUUUUUUUCUGACUUUGUAUAGUUUGAAAUGUUUUGCAUUUCCUAUCAAAGUAUUGAUCGUGAUUUUGUGACACCCAGGAAAAAAAACUAACAAAUUAGUCAUUAAUGAGAUAAGUGUAAAAAUUUAUAAGAUAAUUUUUAAAAUAACCUUCUCUUCCUCCCUUUUGACACUAUUUUGUAGGACGUGAGUAACAAUUAUACUGAGUACUCUGUUUACACCAACAUUUACACUGUGACGCGCGAUUCUAUAACCAAGAGAUUGAAAGUAAACUACGAACUAAUGACUUGAUUUACAUGUUUUAUACUAAAUUUUCCCACCAAUAAACCUUCUCCCGCGGAAAUUAAUUCCAACGAGAAAACCUCCUUGGCGGAAAUCUUCACAUUCAUUCCUUGACUACUAAACUAUAGAGUGGGCUAUGAGGAAUUGUAAAUAGCUUAAUUAAUAGGUUUAAGAAACCAAAAAUGUGAAACCACUUUUUUCCAAACCCAACAUGAAUAACAAAAAAAAUUUACUCUGAUACCUUUCAAUCCUGUUUAUACAAAAGGAUUAGAAGGAAUAUUUAACAGAGUGGGUUUUAAAUUGGUUUGUAAAUCCAAUAACACAUUUAAACAAUUAUUGGACAAUCUUAAGGAUAAAAUACCAAAUUUGGAACAAAGUGGUAUAUACGAAAUGAGCUGUAGUGUUUGGGACGGAAAGUAUAUCGGGCAAACUAAGAGAUAUUCGGUUUAAACAGCACAUAGCUCAUUUAAAAUAUGGACGGACCGGAAAAUCAAGUAUUGCCGAUCACGCUGCCAGUCAUAGUCAUGACAUAAAUAUUCAUAAUGUAAAAUUGUUAAAAAAUGUAUCUAAUAAUAAAUGUUUGAAUUUGAAAGCAUUGAAAUUGCUAAAGGUAAAAGUAGCUUGAAUAGGGACAAAGGACCGGAAAUUAAUUUUCGCGGAAGGUUUAUUGGUGGGAAAAUUUAGUUUACCCUCAAUCUCUGAAGACGAUAACUUGGUUAUCGAAACGCGCGUCAGACAGUUUAAUUUUGAAUGUUGGUAUAAACAGUGUAUUCAGUAUGAACGUCACUAAAGGUUCUAGAAAUUCCAACUUGUGAAUAACAAUUACCAAAAAGAUAUCAAUUGUCCUUGACGACUUACCACCUUUUGGCAGUAAUAAUUGAUACCAUACAAAAUACCCUAUAUUCAUGGAAUUUUAACUACAAACUAAUACCUCUAAUAUUUUAUUUCAUCUACAAUGUCUAACAAUGAUUUGUGAAAAUUGAGUGUUGUGAAUAUUAAUAG